AUGACCGCCCUCGUAUUUAACGCGGACCGCGUGGGAGAUCUGUCAAGUUACGACGACCUCAAUACCGUGCGGGGCAGGGCGUUGUUCGUCGUCCUCGUGGUGGAUUACAUGCGCUACCUUAAGUCAGACCCGGCGACACGACCCGACUGGAGUGAAGCGACCGAGAUGGAGACGGCCACUAAGUUCCUGGCGAUGAUCAACAACGACCAAGCCUGGCCUUUCGCCCAGCAGGUCAUUCGAGACUUCCAGGAACCCGCGUAA